AUGGCACGAAAAAAACUGAAGGGAACAAAUUAGGCGGCAGAGGCAGAGCGGCAAUCCACCACCAGUGCCAGACGUCCCGGGCCACCCAACCCUGCGAUGUUUUAAUUGGAAAGAAAAGCAAAGAUUUUGUGAAAGCAACAGGAGAAGUAGAAGAGACAAGGGGAUGGUGGCGUCGGAGCCACCCCGGUGGAACUCCUCUCAGAUAUUCGGCGAACGGACUGCGGGGGAGGUGAUCGAAGAUGUUGAUAUCAUAUCUGCGAUUGAGUUUGCGAGUAGAGGUGAAUAUCUUGCAACGGGAGAUCGAGGUGGUCGUAUCGUACUCUUUGAAAGGACUGAAGGAAUUAAUCCACAUCCAAGAAAAGAGCUAGAACAUAUGGAUUAUCCUACCACAAUUCAUCCUAGGUACACUUACAAAACAGAGUUUCAGAGUCAUGAGCCAGAGUUUGAUUAUUUGAGGAGUUUGGAAAUUAGUGAGAAGAUAAACAAACUAAGGUGGUGUGCUGCUUCAAAUAAUUCUCUGUUUUUUCUUUCAACAAAUGACAGAACAAUUAAGCUGUGGAAGGUUUUACCAUAUAAGGUGAAGAAAGUGAAGGAAAUGGACCUGAAUUCAUCAGUUUGUUCUGAAAAUACACUCUUGGCUGAGAAUAGUUUCUUAGCCGACCAAAAUGAAUCAUGUAUUUCAAAUGGUUAUCGACUUGAGUGGUUAACUAAAAGGCAUAAGAGCUUGUCUCCACCAACUCAAGGAGAUCCUCGCACGAUGUUUAAUACUGGAGAUGGAGCUUAUGCAAGAUGCCGGAGGGGUUAUACACACGCUCACGAUUAUAAUGUUAAUUCAAUAUCAAAUAACAGCGACGGUGAAUCAUUCAUAUCUGCUGAUGACCUCAAAAUUAAUUUAUGGAACCUGGAAAUAAGCAAUCAAUGCUUCAACAUUAUUGACAUGAAGCCUUCAAACAUGGAAGAUCUCAUUGGUAACUUCAACCUUGCACUUGUUUCUAAACCAUUAUCUGUCGGUCACUUAGGAGUGUCAAUAUUUGAUAUGACCUGA